AUCAUCAUCAUGUUCGGAAUACUAAUGUAAGGGUUUUGUUGACGUGCAUCUGUGUGCGUCUCGGCAUCAUGUUCCACCCGACGCCCCCCGUGUCCACCGAUGCGUCGGCUGCCACCGCGCGUCCCACAGUGCUCUGCGGUGACAGCUGGGCUCUUCCGGUGAGUGGACGCCGUGGGGUCGCUCUGACCACGGUCUCGGCUGCGAGAGUCCACUUCGCAUUUUGAGCGACGCCCCCAAAUUCCGUGCAGAGUGUUCGCAGACCCUCCGGGACGGAGAGGUGGAGGAGGAAUCGGCAGCUCCGCCGUCCGCGUACGCUCACGAUCACAAUCGCCAUUAGCUUCGCGACGUCCAUCGCGCCGUCGACGCGGGGGGAGCUCGGACCGUCUCUAGAAGCUCUCCAGGACUCCGAGGCUGCUGCAGAGAAUGGGAAUAGGGACACAGGCCAAGGCUUGCCAUUUUGGCUGAAGUAACAGCGAGGACGGUUGUCAACCCCGUGUCGGCGUCAAUCCCAUUCUCCCUAACCUCUCCUCCCACACACACACACACACACACACACACACACACACACACACACGGACACAGAGGAACAAGGACAGACACCCCCCACACGCAGCCACCGCUAUGUCCACCGCCGUAGACAUCGCUGGCCCUUCCUCCCCAGAUCAGGCCCACAGCAGCGCUAAAAUCCCCAAUGAGCCACUGAGACCCAGCCUUAAGCGCUCCAACCACCCCUACGGCCUCUCCCAUUACAUAUCCACCCCUUCCCAGGCCGUGGACGUCAAAGGCCUGAUCCAGCCCUCCCAGGCCCAGCAGCGGGCCGCCCAGCCUGCACACAGUAAGCCUCGCCGGGCCCCCUCCUGGCCCGACAUGUUCGAGUCACCCAGCGGGCUCCACCUGGCCCAUGCCGCAGAGCUGCUGAUGCGCGCCGGGCUCCUGGCUCUGACACCCGCCACCACAGAGCAGGCCAGCCUGGGUGUACAAAGCAGCCCGCCUGCUAAAAGGGAGGCUGCUGAGGCAAGGGGGGCAAAGGGGGACGCGGAAGGUAGUGGGUCCGGGCCUGAGGAGGAGGAAGAGGACUCCGCUGGAUGUGGCACUGACUUCCAACCCUUCCUGGGCGCCUGGUUCCCCUUCAGCCCCGCUCUGUUCCCCCUGGCAGGUUUCCAAAUGGGGGGAGGCCACUGGAGAAGUGCGGCCAUCGGAGCUGAGGGCAUUGAGGGGCUGGUGGCCGAGGGCUACUCUCCUAGUUCUCUGGGUGCGGGCAGCGGAAGCAGGAGGAAGAGGAAGAGGUGCGGGGAGUGUGUACCUUGUCGGCGUCAGACGAACUGCGAACAGUGCAGCAGCUGCCGCAAUCGCAAGAGGGGACACCAGAUCUGUAAAUACAGGAAGUGUGAGGAGCUGAAGAGGAAGCCGGGAGGCCCUGGGUUUGAGAGCAGAGUGUCUGGGUUUGACCUCAGGGGGUCCGACUUUACUUUGGGUCUGGCGCAGGAGAGAAGCAACGGAGCUUUGGAUGGAUAGUAAUUCUGGUGGUGGCAGCAUUUGUCAGAGGAUCCUGGUUGGAUGAUUGUUGAGGAGCUGCGUUUCAAUAAAAAACACACGGGACACAACGUUGUCAUGCUCGGACUGUGGUUCAAAGAUCUUCGCAUCUUGUGUUUAGUGAGGAGCGGCGGCUCUGUUUAAGAAUGUCCACACUCGUUCCCAUCCUUCCUUUUGACAAUCAGUGAAAUGGAGAGGAGAGAAAGAAGGAUACCAAUGUGUGUCAAUAUUUAGGUGACGACAAAAAUGCUGUAAAUAGCCUGUAAAUAUCUGGAAAACAUUAUGUCUUUUUUACAUCCCUUUCCAGUUUGGAUGUGUUGUGUUUCAACGUUUAAAAAAAAAAAAAGGAGCCAAAUGUUUUGUUUCUAACGGGGGAGUUUUGAUUCUGUUGUUCUGACGUCACUGCAUCAGCAAGAAAUGAAUGAGUUCAGCCUAGGCUAAAUUAUUUCAUGUGCAGCUUGUACUGUAUAGCUCUGUUUGCCCUUUUGAAAUAAAAGAAAUUGGCCAUGUG